UACUGAUCAGUUUCUGGGUUGAUCGAUUAUUUUCGUCUGCUGACUGUAGAUCGAUUGUUCUGGAUCGAUUAAUCAGGACUUCCUGCUCCUGGCUGAUCCCAAACAAUAGCGCUGUGUUGCUAACAGACCCUUACAUACAGUGGGAGGAGUCAUGGAGAAGGGUGGAGUCGCGGAGAAGGGUGGAGUCGCGGAGAAGGCUGAAGUCGCGGAGAAGGCUGAAGUCGCGGAGAAGGCUGGAGUCGCGGAGAAGGCUGGAGUCGCGGAGAAGGCUGGAGUCGCGGAGAAGGCUGGAGUCGCGGAGAAGGCUGGAGUCGCGGAGAAGGCUGGAGUCGCGGAGAAGGCUGGAGUCGCGGAGAAGGCUGGAGUCGCGGAGAAGGCUGGAGUCGCGGAGAAGGCUGGAGUCGCGGAGAAGGCUGGAGUCGCGGAGAAGGCUGGAGAGAUGGCGGGAAAGAGUGCUGCUGAGUUUCCUGUUAAUGAGCAGCAAACAGGUGAUGAUGAGCCUGAGUCAGCCAUGCAUGUGUGUGAGGUGUGUGGUACGUGUUUUGAGACUCGGCGAGGGUUAUCGAGCCAUGCCCGGUCGCACCUGCGUCAGCUGGGUGUGUGUGUGUCGGAGAGCAGCGGCGCCCCCAUCAGCCUGCUGUACGAACUGAUCACCGAGAGGGACGGGGCUUUGCCUUUUACACCCAAACACACAUAUACACACAGCACCACCACAAAACACACAACACACACCCAACACGGAACCAAACACACCAGGAAACCUGGAGCUAAACACAGUUCAGGAACCAAACUGAAGAUCAAAAUUGGUGAUUUGGUGAAGAGACAGUGUGUUCCAGUCCCUGCGUCACUGAGAGACUCCUCCUCUUCCUCCUCCUCUUCCUCCUCCUCUUCCUCCUCAUCCUCCUCAUCCUCCUCAUCCUCAUCAUCUCCAGUCCAUCACCACAAACCACUUAACAAACCACCCAAGACUCCACCCACUCUGCCAGCUCUGUCCAAACCACUGGGAGCUCCACAGGAAACAGACUCUCACCUCGACCUGGUGGAGAUGUCAGGUGUGUCCCAGCGUGAUUGUGUACAUGUGUGUGAGCUGUGUGGGGCAUGGUACGAGACGAAGAAGGGCCUGGCCAGUCAUGCUCGAGCUCACCUGCGCCAUUUUGGAGUGGAGCUGGACCCUAAAGCCCCGCCCAUACAGGUCCUGCAUGAUCUGCUGCAAAAGGAGGUGGGGCCAGCAGGUCAGGACCCACCCACUGCUCUGUUAACCCCGCCUCCUCUUAAAAGGAGGAAGCCCUCACCAGCAAGAGAGAAAACACCAAGAGACAGUGCUUCAUCGAAGAUUGCGAACUGUGAGUUUUGUGGAGAGAAUUUUAAGAAGACUCAGAGUUUGGCGAGCCAUGCCCGCUCUCACCUGCGCCAACUCGGCGUCACCGAUUGGACGGCUCACGGCUCACCGAUGGCAACGCUCAGAGAGCUGAUGGCUCGCCGUAGCUGUAGUAGUUUACCUCAACCCACGCAGACCACACACAAGCCUCCAUCUGAAGCUCCGCCUCCUCCUGCACCAGGCCCUUCCCAUUCCCAAUUGCCCAAGCCUCCAUCUGAUGCUCCGCCUCUUCCUGCACCAGGCCCCACCCCUGUCCGAGUGCCCAAAGCCAGAAAGGGCUCGAGGAUGGUCGUGUCCAAACCGAAGGAUGAGCCGGUGGAGUUGGACAUCUCCACUGGACAAUUUACAAAAACAAAAACCACACCUCCACUUCCACCUCAAUUGAAUUUAACUACUGUCCAAUCAGCUGCUGAUCUCACUACAGUUUCAGCCAAUCAGAAUCUAACUACAGUCCCCCAGGUGGAGGUGGGCGUGGCCGAGCCUGUUAGGUGUGAUUACUGUGGUGAUCUGUUUGAUAGCCGUAAAGCUCUGUCGUGCCACGCCCGUGCUCACCUGCGCCAACUGGGAGUGAAGUGGGCACCGUGCGCUUCACCCAUCGACACGCUGCACGAGCUGAUGAUCAGAGAGGGCAGAGGGCAGGGGUCAGAGGACACACCGUCACCUGUGGACUUCUGCAGAGAGAAGACAGAGACGGACGGCACAGGUUCAGUGUGUGAGGCUACAUGUGAGCUGUGUGGAUUUGACUUUGAGAACAGGAAGGCAUUAGCCAGUCAUGCACGCGCUCACCUCCGCCAGCAGGGGGAGCAGUGGAGCUCUAGCCAAUCACCAAUUGCUGCUCUCAGCCAAUGGAUGAGCAGAGAGCCUGAGAAGGUCGCAGCCCUUCACCAACUCUACAUGCAGGGGACGUUACCACAGAUACGCAAGAGGCGUAUCUGCUCUCCCAUUCGCUCCUCUGAUGCUGACUCCGCCCGCUCCGGUGUAAGCCGCCCCUCUCCUGCAGCUCGGCAGGGUAAAACUGGGUCGGGUCUCUCUUGCUCUUCCUCCUCCCAUAGGAAAUUGUCAUCUCAUCGCCCCGCCCCCCACUCAGCUGUUAACCAUGGUUCUGACCGUCGGCCUCCUAAACUAUUCCCUCUAGGAAUGGAGGGGGCGGAGUCUCUGAAGCGUGUGGGUAAUGCCCCCUCUCUGGUGCCCCGCCCACCUGAAACUAGCCUGGUUAAACUGGUGGGAAAGAUUUAUUCACUGAAGUGUAGGUUCUGUGAGCAGGUGUUCAGUGGACCCCUCUCUGUGCAAGAAGACUGGCUCAUCCAUCUGCGACAUCACAUCCUUAAUCUCAAACCGGACCAUGCCCACAGCCCCGCCCCCAUAUUGCCCCAUUCAGAAUCUGCUCAGCUGAUUGGCCAGGCUGUGUAGGGAGGUGGAGCAUCUCCACACUCAGUGGUUUUAAUUUACUAACUGUUUUAUAAUUUGUUUGUAACUUUUUAAUAUGUAAAGAAGACAAGUGUAUAGGGUUAGGGGUAGUGAUGCGAUGGACACUACUGAGAUAGCCUAAGAAGGGCGCACCACCUGAAUGUACACUACCCUCUUCACUCUGUGAAGUUUUACCUCACCAUGUGGAAGGUGAUUUUUAAAAAAGUGUUUUAUACAGUGUGAGAUGGCUUUUCUGUUACACCAACAUGCUGUGUGCGUGUGUUGAUCUGUACUCAGAUGUCCAGGACCAAAAUACUGAUUUGUUUUCUUUUAUUUGAGGUGUUUAAUUCACUGAAUGUCAUUUGUACAUGCACACAAUAAAAUUUCCAUUUCUAUA